CUGGGAGGCAGCCUCUACAGUCCAGAGAGAAUGAAACAGUCGGGAACAUGAACUACCGCAUGUGUCAUUGACGUUCCCAGUGAAUGAUCAAGGCUCAGGCUCUCUGGCGGGACUGUGAGCAUUUGGCCGGCUUAGUUUGGCCACCUGGCAAAGAGCGGUUCUGAGAAGAGAUGGUGAUGAGGGCCUUUGUCCUGUUGGCUGUCUUUGCGGAAGCCUCUGCGAGAUCUUGCACUCCGAAUAAAGCAGAUGUCAUUCUUGUGUUUUGUUAUCCCAAAACCAUCAUCACCAAAAUUCCUGAGUGUCCCUACGGCUGGGAAGUGCAUCAGCUGGCCCUCGGGGGGCUGUGUUACAAUGGGGUCCACGAAGGAGGUUACUAUCAAUUUGUGAUCCCAGAUUUGUCGCCUAAAAACAAGUCCUAUUGUGGAACCCAGUCCGAGUACAAGCCCCCCAUCUACCACUUCUACAGCCACAUCGUUUCCAAUGACAGCACAGUGAUCGUAAAGAACCAGCCCGUGAACUACUCCUUCUCCUGCACCUACCACUCCACCUACUUGGUGAACCAGGCUGCCUUUGACCAAAGAGUGGCCACUGUUCACGUGAAGAACGGGAGCAUGGGCACAUUUGAAAGCCAAUUGUCUCUCAACUUCUACACUAAUGCCAAGUUCUCCACUAAGAAGGAAGCCCCUUUUGUCCUGGAGACAUCCGAAAUCGGCUCAGAUCUGUUUGCGGGAGUAGAAGCCAAAGGGUUGAGUGUUAGGUUUAAAGUGGUUUUGAACAGCUGUUGGGCCACACCGUCGGCUGAUUUCAUGUACCCCUUGCAGUGGCAGCUAAUCAACAAGGGCUGCCCCACGGAUGAAACAGUCCUCGUACAUGAGAACGGAAAAGAUCACAGGGCCACCUUCCAAUUCAAUGCUUUCCGGUUCCAGAACAUCCCCAAACUCUCCAAGGUUUGGUUACACUGUGAGACAUUCAUCUGUGACAGUGAGAAGCUCUCCUGCCCAGUGACCUGUGACAAGAGGAAGCGCCUCCUCCUCCGGGAUCAGACAGGGGGCGUCCUGGUGGUGGAGCUCUCCCUCCGUAGCAGGGGAUUCUCCAGUCUCUAUAGCUUCUCAGAUGUCCUCUAUCACCUCGUCGUGAUGCUGGGGAUUUGUGUCGCGUUGUAG